UCAUGUUCCCGGCAUGCUUUGAGAAACACGGGGACAGAUCGAAGAACUGAGGCUCGAGCUGAGAGUAGGCUUUGUGGCACGAGCGCAGGGCAUCCCCUCAUCAGCACCGACUCAUUCUGAGCGUUCUACCUGUUCUGCCCACCUUGCCCCGUCCACACGUCACCAUGAACUACCUGCGCCGGCGUCUCUCGGACAGCAGCUUUGUGGCCAACCUGCCCAACGGCUACAUGAUGGACCUCCAGCGCCCAACCCCCUCUCCGACCCCGUCUCCGCCCGCGCGCCCCAAGAGCUCCACCAGCUCCCCGGCGUCCCCGGCCACAGAGAGGCGCCAGCCGCCCGCCGUCUCACCCCAGCCCCAGGCUUCCGGCCCGGCCUCCUCCUCCUCCUCCUCCUCCUCGUCCACCGCCACGUCCGCCCCCAGCGCCCCCCCGCCGUCCGCCGCUGCCGCCGGAGGCUUCCUCAGCUCCUUCUCCAGCGUGGUGAAGACGGCACAGAUUGCCAGCGCCGUGAAGGCCAAGGCGGAGGCCCAGGCGGCACAAGCGGCAGACACCGCGGCCGCCACCGCGCCACUGCCCAAACCUGUCGUCCGCAAGCCCAAGGUGCUGCUGGUCAUCGACGACCCCCACACAGACUGGGCGAAGUACUUCCGGGGGAGGAAGCUCAAUGGGGAGUGUGAGAUCCGUGUUGAGCAGGCUGAGUUUACAGAGAUCAACUUGGCAUCUUAUGUCAACAGCGGCUGCAUGAUCGACAUGCAGGUCACAAGAGGUGGAACUAAGGUGGUCAGGACAUUCAAGCCAGACUUUGUGCUGAUCCGCCAGCACGCGUACAGCAUGACGCCUGGGGAGGACUUCCGGAGUCUGGUCAUCGGCCUGCAGUACGGCGGGGUGUCCAGCGUCAACUCCCUCCUCUCCAUCUACAACUUCUGUAGCAAGCCCUGGGUGUUUUCUCAAAUGAUCAAGCUCUACCAUAAUCUGGGACCUGAGAAGUUCCCUCUUAAUGAACAGACCUUUUACCCCAACCACUCACAGAUGCAACCCACGCCGACGCUCCCCGUGGUUGUGAAGAUGGGCCAUGCACACGCAGGCGUGGGAAAGAUUAAGGUGGAGAACCAGGACGACUUCCAGGACAUCACCAGUGUUGUCGCUCUGGCCAAAACCUACGCCACCUCUGAGCCUUUCAUAGACUCCAAGUACGACAUCAGGAUCCAGAAGAUCGGGAACAACUACAAGGCCUACAUGAGGACGUCCAUUUCAGGUAACUGGAAGGCCAACACCGGUUCUGCCAUGCUGGAACAGAUUGCAAUGACGGACAGGUAUCGGUUGUGGGUAGACUCCUGUGCUGAGAUGUUCGGAGGCCUGGACAUUUGUGCGGUUAAGGCCGUCCAUGGAAAAGAUGGCAACGACUACAUCAUCGAGGUAAUGGACAGCUCCAUGCCUCUGAUUGGUGAACACGUGGAGGAGGACAAACAGCUGAUCACAGAUCUGGUGGUCAACAAGAUGACCAGUGUGCUGCUCGGAAUCACCUCCCCCCAGACUACCUCGGCUAAGUCACAGCCUCAGACAACCCAACCCAGGCGUGUCCAAGGAGGACCCCGGUCUGCUGCAGGUUCCCCGUGCCAGUCUGCCCAGGCAUCUCCGCAGCGAGCCCGGUCAGCAUCCACGUCCCCCAGCCAGGCCUUCCAGCCUGGGCCCAUCCCUGCCGCCGGCCCUGGAGCCGCCUCCCAGAAACAGCCCCCACAGCUCAAUAAGUCGCAGUCCCUGACCAACACGUUCACCGAGACACUGCGCGGCUACACCACCGAUGACGAGGCAAAGGCCGAAACCAUCCGUAGCCUCAGGCAGUCCUUCGCCAGCCUCUUCUCAGACUAGCGGCCUGUUCCAUCGACGCCCCACCACCACCUCCACUCCCACCACUCCCUCUCUUCUAACCCCCCCCCCCC